GUCUAUUUUACAAUGGGGAGUUGAAAUAAAUUAAAUGGCAAUGUAAAACCAGACACUCAUAAAGUGUUUGAACUAGAGCCAUUGAUAUGUUUUGAAACUGAACGUUUUAUUUUAACAUGUAAAUAAAUGUGGUAAGUCGUACACUUAACCACAAACGGUGUAAAUAGUCGGCCUCGAUUAUGCUGUUAUGUGCGUCCCUCAAAGUGAGUCAUUGCCAAACUACACCGACUUUAAAGUGGUACCGCCUUCACCGUACAGAAAAUGUCUGCGAGUGUUGUCAGCAGCAGCUAGUUGCGACAUUCAGAAAAUGUCCCAUCAUUUUCGUAGUUUUUCCUCGGAUCUGAAGGUGUUCCCAAUGAGCUGAUUUCUCCCUCGAAAAGAUCGUGUCGCUACCAGUCAUGGCGGAUGAACCUCUGGUCGUGUCCAAGGCCCUGGAUAACUUGCGGGCCAUCCAGUCCGUGAUCGACGGGCGAAUCACCAGCUUGGACGGUCUGCGGAAGCUUGGAAGCAGCGACUACACGCAACAGGAAAUCAAAACUGUUGAGGGCAAACUGGCCCAGCUUUUCGGCCGGCAACUAGCGAUCAAGCAGCGAGUCAAAAACAAUGGCUACCCUUUGGAUAACGAGCUCAACCAGUUCCCCAACCUGCGACAUCUGCUGCAUGUUGUGGACAUCCAGGGAAAUGCAAGAGAGAAAAUGUUGGACAAGUUGCAGGACUUGUCGGAGCUGUUGGAGAUGACAGAGUAUGACAUCAGGGCUCAGGCUCUGCACUGCGAGUGUGAAGAGAGAACGGUCAGACGAUUGCUGGCUGCUUGCAAGAACCUGAAGAGAGCUUACAAAGCUCAGCUAUAUGGCAUCAGUAGCAACAUGAAGGACGUCUCCGACAAGGAGCCAACAGACACCAGUUCCUACACCUCCAAUAGCCCCGAGAGCACCAGCCCCAAACAGAAGCGCACCUCCACCUCUUCCAUGGGCUCGGCCUCCUCCGAGCCCCCCAGCAUCCGUGUGCCCCCGACCCCGCCCCCCGGGGGAUACCCCUGCGAGCACUACGGCCGCAACCAGUACACGGUCACCCCGCCCACCACCCCUAAGCAGUGGGUCAAGAAGACGGCGGCUAAGGGCACGCCCCCGCCCAACAAGAAGAUGAUCACGGUGAACCUGCCGCUGCCCGAGAGUGGGCUGAAACGCAGCAAGUCCACCGAGGCCUCACUGCCGCACAGAAUCGACAUUGAGGGCGGUGGCUCGUUGUCAAGGAUUCGCGGCAGUAAGAUCCCGCCUUUGCUCAAGAAGCAGACGUCCGGUGGGAGCUGUGAGGCAAACCUCAACUCCUCCCGUCGCCACUCUGAAGACACCAUGGAUAGGCGCAACAUGUCGCCCCAUAAGGGGAUGUUCAACUCGGUCUCCGCAUUUGAUACCGGCAAAGCUAGGACGCCUCCUCCAGUUGUUGGAAUGCUCCAAAAAGGGAGAACAGCCAACAAUGGAGCCAUCUGGCAAAGCAAAUCCGAAACAUGUCUAAAAACAGACACCCUGGCUGUGCCCCCUCGGUCACCGCGAGCCCCCCGCAGCAACAUGGUACAUUCCAUCAAGCACAGAUUUAGCAGAAAGAAAUUCUUCCCACCGCCGACCUGUGACUACUGCCACAAGAUCAUGCUUCACGGUUACAAAUGCAAAGAUUGCAAGUACGUUUGCCACAACAAGUGCCAGCCGUUAGCGGAGAAGGUUCGCUCCUGCGGUCUGCCGCGGGGCUACGAGCAAGUCUUCAAGGACUCGUACGAGAACAAAUACGGAAGAAGUGGGACACCAUCACCACUCCUGAUCAGAAGAACAGCUGUAUCAGAGGCCAGUCUACCCCAGUCCGGCCAGGACCAUCGGUACCCUCCCCAGGUGCCCGCCUUCUCCCACGGAGAGUCCAGCUCCAACCCCUCCUCCACCAACUCCUCCACGUCCUCCAGCCCCGUGCCCUUCACCGCCUCCUCCUCUAGUACAACUCCGCCCACCCCGGCCCACCCCUCGCCCUCGCCGCACAUGGACCCCUGCAAGCCACAGUUCCAGUUUCCAGAUGUUACAGUUAAUGGUCUCCUAAACCCUAACUUCGACUCGUACGGGGAUACUUUCCAUUCCUCCAUCAAUAGUGACAGGACGAUAACCGUAGACUCCCACAACUCAAACGACUCUCACGAUCCGUUCACAGAUUCCGAAAGGACUUUGCCCGAGAAGGUUGAGUGUAUCGAUGACGUGGAUAUGGCGGACCAAGUAUUGCACAGGAAAAACAGCCACAAAUCCAACGUAUUGUCGGAGUGGGACAUUCCACCGGACCAACUUGAGAUUACUGAGCUGAUAGGAACAGGCAGAUUUGGACCAGUCUAUAAGGGCCGAUGGCACGGGGAUGUUGCCGUCAAGAUGCUGGAUAUUGACAUGAGUGACGAGGAACAACUACAAGCUUUCAAAACGGAGGUCUCCCAGUUUAAGAAGACAAGGCACGACUACGUUGUUUUGUUCAUGGGGACCUAUCUGAAACCGCCCAAGCUGGCCAUCGUAACAAGCUUAUGCAGGGGGAUGACGCUGUACACUAGGGUGCAUCAGAGAGGGGAACGGUUUGGCAUGAAUAAGGCAAUCGUCCUGGCGACACAGGUUGCCCAGGGUAUGGGUUAUCUACAUGCCAAGGGAAUCAUCCACAAGGAUCUCAAGUCCAAAAACAUCUUUCUGGAGAACGGCAAAGUGGUCAUCACAGAUUUUGCGCUGUUCAGCAUCAUGAGACUGUCCAGAGAAAACAGACGACCCAACGUGAUGGUCAUACCAGAUGGUUGGCUGUGCUACCUGGCCCCUGAGCUCAUCACGGCGCUGCGAGUCGACUCUAGCGGCAGCUCAGACAGGGAGUUGCCCUUCUCCACCACAUCCGACAUCUACUCCUUUGGCACCAUUUGGUACGAGCUGUUAGCCGGCUGCUUACCAUUUCACAAGGAGUUGGCCGAGUCCAUUAUCUGGCGGGUAGGGAAAGGCAUCAAGCAGCCCCUCACACACCUCCAGGCAUCCAAAGAUGUCAAGGAUGUCCUAAUGAUGUGCUGGAAUUACAACCCCGAGAAGCGGCCGGAGUUCACCGACAUCAUCAAAACCCUGAACAGGCUACCCAAGAAAAGGGGCGGUCUGCACAGAAGCCCCUCCCACCCCCUGCACCUCUCCCGCUCGGCAGAAUCCGUCUUAUAGUGCCACACCGCCGUCUCCAAAGGAAUAUUUCAUAAGCAUCGGUGAUUAUUAACCAAAAACAAAUCUUCAAAAUUUUAUUAAAAUGAGUUUUUAAUUCAUACUGCCUGAAGUUGGUUUGGGAACCUGAAACUGUGUGUAUUUCGACGAAUACUGAUCACUUAACCUGUCUCCAUUUUGGUCAUAUACCCAGGAGUCUUGCUAUGAUGUUGGUUUAUGUACUUACCGGCACCAGGCUAUCAGGUGCGUGUUGCCAUGUUCUUGGUCACAUCGGUUUCCGUAUACAUACUAAGGGCACGAUUGGGCCAAGCACCGUUUACGAUUCACCUAAAAUGCCCUAUAUUUAAAUUGUGGGAAUUUGAAAGCAUUUUACACUAGUGGAAUUCACAUAUGAAAAAUUGGGUUUCCUCACAUGGCCGUCUUUUAAAUAAAACGAUACAUUUUUACCAAAGGCAUUGCGAAAAGAAUCACAAAAAUCAGAGCUGACGGGUUUUGAGUGAAUCAACUUGGUACUCGUCAUUUAUGUUAAAAAAAAAAAGCAAACCAGUUAUAAAAAAAAGUGGAAAGCAAGUCAGUUUUCGGUCUAUCGUUGUCUACCAUUAUCGCGUUCAGUCCUUUGUAUUGUGUUUUAUCCGCGGCCGUGUUUGCUGUAUUGUACAAACAUUUUUUUUGUUUAAACGUAAAUCUUAUUUUUGAAGAAAAACAAAUUGGGUAGACACAGUUUAUGUAUUGCCAGGAGAUAUAACAUGUAUAACUAAAAUCACGUGUUGAUAUAGAGUAUCCAUAGUUGUUAAUGCCGCAUUUUGUUUGGCAUAUAUGCAAAGUUUUAAAAAGGCUGAGAAAAAUCAGAAUGCAAGCAUUAAUUUCAAAUCAUGUUUCAAUUUCAAAUUUUUUUCCUCCAGUUGACGGUUUUAAGGAGAUAAACCCCUUGAAAGAUGAUUUUUGUUGGGGGGAUGGGUGUGAAACUCCAGAUAAUGUCAAUUCAAAAACACUCAAAUUCCAUUUAUAAAAAUCAGCUGGGAUAGAAAUUAUUAUUUAUUUCUGAUAAUGAACCAUGGAUUCCUCAAAAGUGCCCUAGGCACUGUAGAUCGCAAGCCUGAAGAAACC